AUGGAGCGCCGUCCCGCGCGCAUCGACGCCGACUUCAUGGCCAAGACCGUGCGACGCCGCGAGAAGCCGCGCGAACGAUGGCUCCUCACGCGCAAGACGUGGAAGUACAUGGCCGAUGCCGGCCGCCGGCUCAUCCCCGAAGGAGCCCAGAACAGGCAGGAGGACAUCCCGCGAAUAGAGGCCUACUUCCAAGAGAUGUGUCAGAAAGAGCCGAGGUUCUUGUUGUGGAGGAAGAGCUCAUACCCUGGAGUUGUAGCUCGACCUCGACGUAAGAAACGUCCCCGGGGUGGAUCUGUGCGAGCGAGGUCACCGUCUGACGAUGUGCCGGCCCCCAUUAGGCCAACAGAGCUUUUUAUUCCACACACAUCAGGUGGCCGGUUUGAUAUCGCCAAAUUAAGGCGGGAUUUCUUCGCUGCGCCUUCGCCCUCAACAAGCUUUACUCCGUCCAAUGGGGCAUUUAAUGCCAAUACAAAGAAAGCUAGUCCACAAGUUGCACCUAGAGACAAUGAUGAAGGAGUUCUAGUAGAUUUAUUACAAAAGUACCUGAGAUUAGAGGAGGAGAAAAGUCCGACUCCAAGGAAUGAACACGAAGAGCUGGUAAGAGCGCUGCGAAGCUACCUUAAAAGGCAGUCAGAAAGCGCCCCGGCUGACUCAGACAUAGAUCCCGCCCAAAGAGUUCUCAAAGAACAUCUAAGUCGCUAUUAUAGUCGAGAUUCGAACAGUAACCAUCAAGAUUUGUUAAGCGAUAGGAAUCUCUUAAGAAACUUGUAUCAUGAUCUUCGUAAAACGAAAACAUACAGAGGUGGACGAAGUGGAGGAAGCGGAAGCAGUGGUGGUGGAUUUAGUGGUGCGUGCGUGUUCAGUGCAUCCAGUUCGCGGAGUCAUUUUAGGGGUAGAAAUGUGUACGAUCCUUACAGUGAUGAGGAUUAUCCACCUCCGAUGUCGCCACCACCCCUCAUCGAAGUUGUUAGUGAGUCGCAGGAGGAGAGAGCAUCUUCUGAUAUUGGCACGCAAACCGAUCCUAUACCGGAAGAAGUGUUACAAGAUUUAGAAAAAGCUUACCGUGAGAAAUUAGAAGCUCCCACAUCCCCAACUAGUCCGACUAGCCCUCCGCCUGAGAGGCGACCGCGGCGCCGCUCUAGCGUCGACCACGACGAUGUGUCACAAUCCGUGAGUGACAAAAUAAAACUAUACUUGAAAAUGGCGCGGAAAAAAAGCGUUGACUCGGAUAAAACGGAUCGUUUUAAGCGUAUUAACUAUGAUCAAAACCUUCGUAAUAUAAAACCGCGUGUGCCCAGUGAUGUAGAUGAUGAUGGACUGAACAAAGGCGUCCAAACCGACGAAGCGUGGAUCCUUACGUAUAAGCAGUUACAAUUCGCGUCCGUGGCAACUACCCCGACAUCUCCAUCUCAGUCGCACUCGUUGUUUUCAUCGCUUUUGGGUAGAAGUACAUCAACGACUUCCGCAGGUGGCAUGCAGAAGUCACGGUCUUCCAGCAGCGUGGUACAGACUGUCAGCAAGCGGCUGUGGAGGACGAGGAGUCGGUCUUCCAGCCGUGCCGCCGCUGCCUGGACACCUCAGGUCAGUCGUUAUUUGUUUUAUUUCGUUUCUUAA